AUGACUAGAGAUGCCCAGAAUGUUGCCGAUUGGGCGAGAGAAAAUGGCUUGGAAUUAAACCUUCAUAAAACGAAAGUUAUGUUAUUAGGUUCAAAAAGUAAAGUAGCUUCUCUCCAGCGUGCUGGCCUGCCACAAAUUGUGAUAGACGGCGUUGCUCUCCCCUAUACUGAGUCAACAAAGUGUCUGGGUUUGCAUCUAACUUCUGACUUAUCUUGGAAUCUCCAUAUUUCUAAAACAGUUAGCAAAAUAAACUCUGCACUUUAUAGUCUAAAAUUACGCAAAAAUAUCUACACACCCAAUAUUAAAAAAUUAUUAGUCUCAGCAACAAUAUUGCCCCUAAUUGAUUAUUGCUCUAUAGUUUUGUCAAAUUCUACCUAUGAUAACGACCUGAAACUUCAACGGUCUUUAAAUUCAGCUAUCCGAUUCAUUUUUAAUCUAAAGCGUGACGAACACAUCACACCUUACAGACGUGAACUGGGCUGGCUCACUGUAAAAAGUCGUCGUAUUUACUAUCUGUCAUGCUAUUUUUAUAAAUUGUUAGAUAUAGGAAAACCUUGUUAUUUGCGUGAACUAUUCAUAGAGGAUCCUAAUUUGCGAAGAUCUGAAAGACUUGCAGCGAAAAGAAAUAAUAUUAGUUUCGUAAUGCCUUUUUUUUCGACCACACAAUAUGAAUCGCAAUUUAUUGUAACUGCUAUUCGAUUGUGGGAGGAAUUGCCAGCAACCAUAAUAGAGUAUGUCCUUUUGAAAGAAAAGAACAUGCUUCUAACUAUGGAACAUGCAUAUAACGAAGCAUAUGAAUACUUUCCUAAUCCAGAACGGAGAGAUAAAGUCGAAGAAAGUAUGUCUAAUCUAGAAGAAGUUGUUCGGGAAAGAAAUAUAGCGUAUCAUGAACUUGAAACUGGUGAACAUGGUGAACGACCAUCACGUUACAUGAGCAAUCAAUUAGGUUUAAGAUAUCGUUAUAAAUAUUGUGAACAUAUUAUACCUGCUUUUAUGAACAAAUCAUGGAGAGAAAAACACAUCACUACAUAUGGUGGCUAUGCAGUAACUAAAUUCAGACGUUUAUAUCGUGAGAAAUUAUUUUUGGAAAAACGAAGAGAAAUCAAUCGUCAAACUAAUCAAGCAAAGGUUGUUCUCAAACGGUUCCCGAAUGUGGAUAUGGAAGCAUUACAAGCCGCAUAUCCUAAAGCUAAUGUCAAAAAAGCUAUGCAUCACAGUCGUUCAAGAAGCCACCAUGUACCCUAA